AUGGCUUUGGAAAAAUCAUGGGAUCAGCGCUCAGCACAAUCCGAAAUCAUGUUCCCGAUGGUUGCUGGUUCUGACACAGCAGCGAAGGCCAUAAAAUGGACAAUGCAUUAUGUUCUCUCUGACCUCUCUGUGUAUGGGUCUCUUGUAAAAGAGAUUGAGGACGCGGUAUUAGAAGAAAGGAUAUCAGACCCUAUCACAUAUCAAGAAGCUCAAGAACUGCCAUACCUUCAAGCAAUCAUAUACGAGUCCCUCCGUGUGAAGCCACCAUUUCCCGGCCUCGUGAUGAAACAGGUCGGGCCCGAGGGUGAUAUCUACAAUGGCAUCAAGCUGCCUGCAGGCACCAGAAUUGGGCACGAUGUGACGUCGGCAACCCACGAUAAGAGACUCUUCGGCCAAGAUGCUAAGGUAUUCCGACCUGAGCGAUGGCUCGAAGCCGAUGCUGAGACGGUCAAAUCGUGGAAGAAACAGACUGAGCUCGUGUUCGGCGCUGGCCGAUGGCGGUGCACAGGCAAGUCUGUUGCGUUCUUGGAAUUAAACAAGAUCUUUGUCCAGGGAAAGCUGGCAGGUCUCAAGAUUGAUGUUUAG